GUCCCCCGGAGCCGCCAUCUUGGGAGCGUCAUGAAACAAGCGCCGCCGACGCUAAGCGGAAAGAAGACACGUUGAAAGCCUCCGCACCGUGUUUCGCAAAGGCGGCUCGCGAAACGCAGCCGUCGCUCUUGGAAAUGAGCGCCGCUGCGAAACUAGGAAGCGGAUACGCAGAAACCUCCGCACGUCGCUCACGGUGGGCGCCGCCCUCGUGAGUCCCUCACGAAAUGCAGCCCUCCCGGAAACAAGAGCUGCUGCGAAGCUAGGAAAGGCGCAAAAAAAGGAGAGUUUUGGAGGGAUCAAGGGGCGAGCGGGGAGAGGAGGCGCAGCGCAGAAGACCAGGGAGUAAGGCGGAAAGGGGUGGGUGGUUGCGAGGAGCAAUAUUCGGGUAGCUCCUGCCGGCCGCAGAAGGUAAUGCGUGUUUCGUUUUGGGAUCCUUGCCUUAGUUUUUGUUCAAAAAGGGAAUAAAGCAAAGCUAGCUAUGGCUCUGGCGCUGCUGCUGCUACCCAGGAGGAGCCGAAGUUUGCUGCCCCUUGCAGGGGACCUGAGAGGAGCCGUUGAUCUCUGCAUGAUCAGAGGCAAGUGCACUUGCAGUUUAUCCUUCUAUUAUUAUUAUUUAUUAGAUUUCUGUACCGCCCUUCGUCCGAGGAUCACAGGGAGGUUUACAGUGUAAAAACAAAAAUGCACACCACAGCAACAAACAAUAACAAUAAUCCCUUCUACAAACAGUUUUAAAAAGGCCAUAGAUUGUUUAAUUGGCCAGAUAUAUGGUUAUAGCAGAAUAUUUUCACCUCACUCCUAAACUUAUGUAAGAAAGGCACCAGUUGAAUCUCUGGGGAGAGCAUUCCACAAACGAAAAGGUUCAUUCUCAUAUUGCCGUUCUCCGGAUCUCUGGAGAAGAGUACAUGAAGAAGGGCUUUACAUGAUGAUUAGAGUUUAUAAGUGGAAAGACGGUCCUUGAGGUAUUGUAGUCCUGAGCCUCUUCCCCUUCCCACUCACCCCCAGCUCAUUUCAUCCAUAGCUGUCCCUGUUUUCUGGUCCCUGCUAAGAUUACAUCCUGUUACGGAGUUAGGGAAGGUCAAGGGAGGGAUGGAACGACACUCCUGGAGGAAAAGGCUGCAGCAUUUGGGGCUUUUCAGUUCUGAGAAAAGGCGAGUGAGAGGUGAUAUGGCAGAAGCUUAUGAGACUGCUGUAAGUGUAGGGAAAGUGGAGAGAGGAAAACUUUUCUCCCUCUCAUAACUCCAGAACUGGUGGGCAUCCAAUGAAGCUAAAUGGAAGAUUCAGGACCGGUAAAAGGAAAGCACAUAGUUUCAUGGCGCAUAGUUGAACUGUGGAAUUUGCUCUCACAGGAGGGGGCAAUGGCUAACUUUGAUGACUUUGAGAGGACUGAAUUAAUUCAUGGAGGAGGAUAAGGCUAUAGAUGGCUACCAGCCAUUAGGGCUAUGCUCUAGUUAUGCAGUUAGAGGCAGGAAUGCUUCCAAAUACCAGUGGUUGGAAAUCACAGGAGGGGAGAGAGCUCUUGCGUUUGAGUCCUGAUAGUGGGUUUCUCACUGAGGUAUCUGGCUGGCCACUAUGAGGACAGGAUGUUGGACUACACGGGCCAUUGGCCUGAUCCAGCAGGCUCUUCUUAUGUGGGUGUUGAAGCUGCUGUUGUUUCCUUUUAGAUAUACAUUCAGGAUGAUGUUUUGAGGUUGAUUGGUUGAUUGCGCUAACUUUUGUGUCACUUUUCCAUAAUGAACUGCACCCAAAGAAUAUUGCAGCAGAUAUUCUAAACAUCUGUAUACCAAUAUACCAAAAUACAGAGCACAUCAGUAAAAUUCAAAAAAAUGACAGAAAUCCCAACAAUUUGGCAAACACAGAAUAAAUUCAAUAUUAAUGUUUGUCCAGUGAUCCAGCCACUCUUUGCUAGUAGCCUCUCUGUCUAGGUUAACUCCAUCCCUAGAGAGCAGAGCCUAUUUUCUCUCUCUCUCCCAAUGUGUUGAGAUAAGAUGUCUGCUAUUUUCUCUUUUUCAUCUCAGUGUAUAAGUAGUUCCUGCAUAAAUAAAGCCUUUUAACUCCAGAAACUGCAAUUCAGUCUAAUUCACCCAAGCUGCAAGCUCUUCUAACAAUCUGUGCUUGAUUUUAUCCUCAUUUUCUGGUGAUACUUGAGGGAUCACACUAGCUUUUUGCCACUAGCAUCAGUAAAUAGGACAAAGGAAGGUCAGCUGUUCACUUUGCUCAUCCUUCUUCCUCUCUGUCCUUUGAUUGGGCUGUUUUUCCUCAGGUACAGGACGUCUCCUCUGCCAUACUGACCAGCCAUCAGCCACUGACAGCCCCACAGGAGAAGAAAAGUAUUACCCGUUGUAUCCAGGACACAUCCCCACCAGUCCUCUGCAGAAAGGCCUGCUGGCAGCUGGCUCAGCGUUCAUGGCUCUCUACAAUCCCUACAGGCAUGGUGAGCUGGGGCCUGCCAUUUUGUGCAAGGUGUGGAUUUAGUUUUGCUAGCAAGCGAAGUACAUGUAUCUUGUGUACUUUCUAGGGGGGAAAGGAAGUGCUAUCCUCAGUUGAUAGGUAUACAUGGAUGGAGAGGGGGGCCCAAUAACUCAUGUUCUGGAUACGAGACAGUCAUACUUUCGCCAAGGAUACUCUAUUCCAGUCCCCCUCAAUAGCCCCAGUUUUCUGGGUCCCCCCCCCACUCCCUCUGGCAGCCCACAUUCCUUGCCAACUGAGCAGUCAGUCGUCGUUGAGCGGUUUUUGUGUUGUCGUGGGGUUUUUGUACUUCUGCAAAAUGUUAGAAUUCCACCUGCUGUGCUGACAGUAUUCCAGAUGUGGUCACACCAUAGAUUUCUUUGAGGGCAUUAUGUUAUUGACAGUUUUAUUUCCAGUUGCUUUCAUGAUGCUCUCCAGCAUAGAACUUUGCAUUUUUCACAGCUGCUGCACACUGGGUCAGCAUCUUCACUGAGCUGGCCAUGACAACCUCAAGGUCUCAUUCCUGGUCAGUCAUUGCCAGUUCAGACCGCACGAGCAUCUGUGUGAAAUUAAGGGUUUUUUUGCCCCAACAUGCAUCACUUUACAGUUGUUUGUAUUGAAUUACAUUUGCCAUUUUACUGCUCAUUCACACAGUUUGGAGAGGGCCUUUUGGAGCUCUUUACAAUCUCUUCCUAUUUUAACAACCCUCAACAAUUUAGUAUCAUGAGCAAACUUGGCCACCUCACUGCUCACUCCUAACUGCAGAACAUAUAUGAUCAAGUUUAAAAGCACAGGUCCCAAUACUGAUAUUUAGGAGACUCCACAUUCUACGUCUCUUAAUUUGGAGAACUGUCUAUUUAUUCCUAACCUUUGCUUGCUCCAACUUAACCAGUUCCUGAACCACAAGAGGACCUCUCCUCUUAAUCCUUGACUACUAAGCUUACUCAAGAGUCUUUGGUGAGGUACUUUGGUGAGCUGUCAGCUCCUGGGAACCCUAAUGGUUUUAAGCAACUUGGGAACAGAGGAAUCAACAUCUUGCCCAAAAGCCACGUAAGAGCUUUGAUGGGCAUGGGGUCUGCAAAUGCCUCCCCAGCAGUAGCAAAAUUUUUCUCCAACACUUGCUAGCUAAAUUUCUAUUUUAUCUCUUCUCAAACAUAGCUCUUUCUCACAGUCAAACUCUAUACCAACCUGCCAACCUGAUCCCCCAUGCAGUUAUUUUGGACGACAACUCCCUUGGCCAUGCUGGCUGGACCUAAUGGGAGUUCCAGUCUAAAACAUCUGGAGAGAACUUGGCUGGCAAAGACUGCUCUGCCAGGUUCUCAGUGAAAUUCAUGCCCUUAGCAGUCCAUGUGGAAUAACAGCCACGACUCCAUCGCAUACACAGAUUUGCCACUAUUCCUCUCCUGUUGGCUGGCCAGGAAGGGCUUCAUGGGUCUCAUUAUUGCACACAUGCUCACUGAGCCUCAUUUUAAAAGUGGUGGCUCUUUCAAGGCUGUUGUGUUGAUGAAUGUCAUUGCUAUACCAAAUCCUUUCAUUUGCUCUGCCAGUUUUCAUUCCGGUGAGUUUUGUGACUUGUCCUGAGCUCUGUUCCCGCUAACUCACGAUCUUCCUCUCUUGUUUGGUUCCAUUUACAGAUAUGGUGGCCGUCCUUGGGGAGACAACAGGGUACCUCGCUUUGAGAAACCUCAGGGAGAAGAUGAGAAAUGACCCAGAGGGAUAUCGGAUCCUACAGUAUGUGAAUGUGUGUUUGUUUUGGUUUGGUUUUAGUCUGUAGCUGGGAAGAGAUUCUGUGGCAGCCGGGUUCGUGGACAUGCAACUCUCCAGUUCUUGCGGAACUGCAAUUCCCAUCAGCUCCAGCCAGCAUGACUAAUGGUUAGGGAUGAUGGGAAUUGGACUCCAGCAAAUAUUUGGAGGGCCGCAGGCUCUCCACCCCUAAGUUACAGAGAUUAGUACUCUUUGGGGACAUCUAUUCAUAUUUGAGUUCACAUAUGAGGAUUAGUAACUCGCCUUCAGCAUACAUUAAGCACACAUUUAUAACUGGGGAUUUUAAGUCUGCAAUCCUAAAAUACACUCCUCAUUUGUAGUGUUUAUGCUUUUAAAAAGAGAUAGCCUAGUGAGCACUGUGCUCAGUUGCUGCAGAAUUGCUAUACAACUGUUGGGGGGGGGAAUGGAAUUUAUUUAUUUAUUUUCAUAGAAUUUAUAUGCCACUUGAUUGUAAAAAAAAAACUUCGAAGCUUUUUACAAAAGAUAAAACAAUAAAAUCAAGAAAAAAAUCACAACCAUGCAAAAGUUAAAAUACUAAAACCGAUUAAAAUUACCUGGACUUUGUAAGCCUCCAGAUAGGUUAGCAGGGGCCAAAAAGAGUUUAGUGAAGAUACCUGCUUGAUAUCAAUAGGCAGGGAGUUCCAAAGUGUAGGUGCUACCACACUAAUGAUCAAGUGUCUUUCUAAUAUCUACUGAUUGGUGAUAGAUUGAUAAAUGGAUGGAUAAACAGAGCAUUUGAAUUCUUACACAUAUGGAGUGGGUAUUAUGUGACUCCUGUAGUAGUGCCAGUUCUGCCAAUCUAAGAGUUGGUGGGCACAUGUGGGGUAAGGAGAACUCAUAGGUAAACUGGUGCCAAGUUGUUAAGGGCUUCAUAUGCUAACAGUAACUGCGCACUGGCUUGCGACAUCUAGGUUAAUAAAAGUAUGGCCAUGAAAUGGAUUUUGGAUUUUUAUUUUGUUUUAAUGGCUACUUUUACUCCAUUUCACACUGCACACCUGUGCAUGCACCUAACUUGGGAGUCAGUUCCAUGGGGCUUUUUGUACUUGUGCAAUGGAUCCAGCCAUUUCACUUUCAGUUUGUAUACCCCCUUUCUAUAUUGCUAUGCAAAAGGUGGUUUACAGCGAUAAAAUAUACAGCAAAGAACACACAUCUUAUAAUAAUCUGAUCCAGUACAGAAAGUAACAAUAAAACAUAACUUAAAAUGCUAAGCCCUGAAGGAUUGCACUCUCAGCUCUUGCCAUCGAUGUCAGUGGGAUUUAGAUGCAGUUGGAUUGUGCUCAAGCUCAGUAUUUCUAAACUACUUGAAGCUGGGAUGGGAGAUCCUGUGGUCCUUCAGAUACCAGUGGACUGCAACUCCCAUCAUCCCUGACCACUUCUCAUGCUGGCUGAGGUGCUUGGGAAGAGGGAUUCCAGCAACAUCUGGCAGGCCACAGAUUCCUAACAGAAAGGUAUGGCAAUUUGCCUCAUUACAUGCUUCAGUGCCUUAAUAAAACUAUAGGGCUCUAGAAAGGUCAGCUAACCCUCUGGAUUUCACAGGCUAAGCCAGCCAUCGUCCAAUUUGCCUUCCUUUGCAGAGAACGGCCUCGGAUACGCCUCUCCACAUUAGAUAUCCGUGGACUUCGGGGGCUUCCAGACGAGACCUUUGGCCGAGAGUAUGUCCGGUUUUUGGACGAUAAUGUGAGUAUAGUAGUGCUUAAGGCUGGGUUUUCAGUAGAGCAGGGAUUGGGAUCCUUUUUGGUUCCAUGGUCCUUCUCUGGAUCAGCCUCGCAGGCCAAAUUUGAUGUCGUAGUUUAGUGUUCUUUCUGUUUUCAGAAAAGUAAUCUUUAUUGCUUUAUAUAUGUGUGUGUGUGUGUGUAUGUGUAAAUAUAAUAAUUAUAAUAUAUAUCAUCAUUACAAAUAUAACCAAGCAUAGAAGACAUAGAUAAGAAAUCUCCUCUCCCUCCACCCAAAAACACACCCUUUUGAUCCUGUGAUGUUACAUUAAAUGUCCUCAGUCUCGUCAGUCUGAGUCAGUGGGUGCCAAUGUCCUAGAACAGGAGUUGGCAAGGUUUACCUUGCCUGGGCCAGUUCACUCCAGCGGAGAUCCCUCUGUGGGCUGGAUUCCAAGCGCGUGCGCCCGCCAUUUCUGGCGUCUGCGCAGACGCGAUUUCCAGCAUCUGUGCAGGUGCUAUUUCCAGUGCCGUGAAAACGAGUCCCUGCACCAUGCUGGUUUAGCGCAGUGCGUGGGGACUCACCAAGUGGGCGGCUUGGUUUGGGGGCGGCUCGUGGGCCGGUUAAAUGACCCCCGUGGGCCCCUUGUGGCCCAUGGGCCUUAGGUUGCCAACCCCUGUCCUAGAAUAAUAUGAAUUUGUCAGCGUACAUGUGUACACAUAUCUAGAAAUACCUCCAAAGGGAGAAUGUCAAAGAUCAUAUAUUAAAAUAUCAAUGGUUAAUCAUUAAUAAUCCAACAGAGCUCUGGCUGGCAGCAUCUUUCCAGGGUCUUUCCCCAUCGCUCUGCUGCCACCUGCUCCUUGUUAACCAGAGAGGCCAAGGUUAAAACCUGGGACCUUCUGCAUGCAAAGUUCUGCCGCUGAGCUGCAACCUCUCCCUGGUAGUGGAUGCACAUGAGCCUACUUUUUCUUUUUUCCUGGUUGGCAGAGAAUCUCUCCAGACACCAGGAUGCCUCCUAAGUUUGUAGAUGAUGAAGAAUUGGCCUAUGUGGUCCAGCGGUAUAGAGAGGUCCAUGAUCUGAUGCACACCCUUCUUGGCAUGCCCACCAAUAUGCUCGGUGAGACAAGGCUUCUUAUGGCUGAGUUGAAUCUGGUCGCCCUGUUUACUGCGUCACUUUUAUUUUCCUUUAUUUUACAAAUUUGGAAACUGUUUCACAACCUAGGGUCAUCAAAACGGUGCCCUAAAAGAUGAAAAUAAGAUAAGACACAUGUUCUAAAAGCAGUUAAAACCAUUCCUGCAAAGCUUUUCAACAAUCUUACCUACGUUUGGCUUCAUUGGGUGUACAUGACUGGUGUUAUUGGGGGCGGAUUCUGCCUCCCCACUUUCUCCAUGCCUAAUGCAUAGUUCUGUGAUUUCACUUUUACUCACCUUUUCUCUAAACUGAAAAUCCCCAAACACUGCAAGCUUUCUUCAUAGGGGAGCCGCUCCAUUCCCCUUGAUUGUUUUGGUUCUCCUUUUCUGAACCUCUUCCAAUUCCACAGGGUUCUUUUUUGAGGUGAGGUGAUUAGAACCAGACACCAUAUUUCAAAUGCAGCUUCACCAUAGAUUUGCAUAAGCGCAUUACGAUAGCAGCAGUUUUAUUUUCAAUUCCUUUCCUAAUGAUCCCUAUCGUGGAAAACGCCUUUUUCACAGCUGCAGCACACUGAGUCAGUGCCUUCAUCAAAUUACCUGCUACUACCUCAAUAUCUCGUUCCUAGUCAGUAACUGCCUGUUCAUACCCUCAUCAGUGUACAGUCAAACCUCAGCUGUCGAACGUAACCCGUUCCGGAAGACCGUUCACCUUCUGAAAUGUUCGGCAACCGAGGUGCGGCUUCUGAUUCUUUGCAAGGCGGAAGCUGCAUCGGACGUUUGAAUUCCGAGGAAUGUUUGAAAACUGGAGCAUUUACUUCCAGGUUUUCGGCGUUCGGGAACCGAAAUGUUCAAAAACGGAGCUGUUCGAGAACUAUAUGUGAAAUUAAGAAUUUUUUUGUCCCAAUAUGGGUCAGUUAUCCACAUGGAUCUAAGCAUUUUCUCACUUGGAGCUGUGUGUAUGUAAGUUGCUUGGCAAUGGAUGUAGCACAUUCAUUGUACUCUACGGAGUUGAUGAAGUAGAAUCUGGGGAUCAGCAUCUGUGGAGAAAGUGACAGAGAGCAAUAGGCAGGAGAGAGGAGCCCCUUUGCUAUUAAUGCUAAUAAGCAAGGUGUUAAAUCACUUCCUCCAGUUUCACAAAUGGCCUCGUGGUCAGAUGUAAUUCCUAAGCAGUUCUGGUCACUGGUUUGGUCACAACAUAACCUCUGCCUGCUUUAGUUUAUUUUAUAUUGUGUGUUCUUAUCAGUUGUAAGAGUUUACAAUAUUGGAUGUCAUAUCUGCAAGAAGAAGCAUUACUUAUUAUUAUUAAUUAUUAAAUUUUAUUUAUACCCCACCCUCCCCAGCCAAGACAGGGCUCAGAGCGGCUAACACCGGUAUAAAAACAAUUGAUUAAAAUACAACAAAAACAAGAUUAAAAUACAACAUUAAAAUGCAGCCUCAUUUCAGUAGGAACUCAAAUCAGAAACUUUUUUGGGUAUGAAAACAUCAAGUCUUCACCAAGGCCAGCUAUCCAGACUGGUCCUACAUGGGCCAGAAAAAAGCCAGGGAAGUCCCCAGACAGGAGUUCCAUCACAGAAGGAAAAAGGAAAGAGGGGAAGGGGAUCAAGUUGAUUCCAAGCCAAAGGCCAGAUGGAACAACUCUGUCUUACAGGCCCUGUGGAAAGAAAUCAGAUCCUGCAGGGCCCUGGUCUCAUGAGACAGAGCGUUCCACCAGGCUGGAGCCAGAGUUGAAAAGGCCCUGGCUCUGGUUGAGGCUAAUUACUGCUUGUAUCUUGGCAAUAAAUCAGACAGUAACAGCACAAAUCUACGUGCUCAAAAAUGACUCCCGUUGGGCUCGUUCCCAGCUUAAGUGUCUCUAGGAUUGCUGCCUAAAUGGUACAUGUGUGAAGCAAUAUCCGCCACAACCUUCUGGCACCGUUUAAGAAGCACAUAGCAGGCAUAGGUCGUGCAUUAAUGUGUUCACAGGUUGGGUGGCAGUUGCCUUUCACCUACUUUUAGGAUCCAACCAUGUCAUGAGUCAUUGGGGUGGUUGAGCUAGAGGGAGAGGAGAACUGGAGCAGGGCUAGGAAAUGUGGGGUAUGGAGGAUGGGGGCAUUGUGCAAUCACCCCUGAGCCAUUAAACACAAAUGUUCUGGAUUUAUAGGAGGAAGGCCAUGAGUCAUUCGGAGAUUCGGAGUAGAAGCCUGGCUGAAAUUGCAGAAGGGCUUUGAACUCCUUCAAGGCCCCGACGGCACCCUAGUAGUUAUUUUAAAAUCUCUGGGUGCUUGGGCACCUGAUCCCUCGUGCGCUUUUGCUUCGCUUUUUCUGCCACGUUGACUACCACUGCCCCUUACCACCCCAGAUGAGUUCAGCAGCACGGGUGGGGGGUGAAACUGCAACCAUAGUGCCAGUUAUUUUAGUUAAAGGCUUCUGUUUACUUCCAUACUUUCAAAGCUUCCAGACCUUAAGCCUUAAGCAAGGCCUUGAAGAUGUGACAACAGUCUUCUGUAAGUUUUGGAAACAAGACAGGGUAUCCUACAGCAGACAGGACAGCAGCCUGUGUUUUAGAGCAUCUGUUUGGGGCUGUCCAAAUUUUUGGGGCCUGAGAACUUACCUGGAAACAUAAGGAACUAUCUUGGGCACCACUAAAUACCCAUUUCACAGACAAAAAACCUGGGGAUACUCAGAAUUGCUUCCCUGAAACAGGCAAAUGUUUCCAAACGUUUCCUCCAAAAGGGCGAGCGGGGAGCAGGCAACAUGUCUCUAAAGAACAGGCCACUACCACCAAACCGCCCCCCCCCCCCGAAAAACCCAAAAAACAGAUUUUUUAAAAAAAUGGCUCAGCCUUGGUAGGCAUCAAGGCACUGUUUGGGGGCACUGCCAGCCAGUGUAGACAGCAGUGAGCUAGAUGGGUCACGGGUCAGAUUCUAAUGUUUUCUCCCCUAGGGCAGCUUCCCACAUUCCUAAAGUGUAAUUUUAAAAACAUCAUUGUUGUUUUUGCAAAAUUCAUGAAACCUGCUGUAAACUAAUAUCUGACCCUUACGGGUACAAAGAAGUAUCCGAACAGGUCAUCGCUGUUUCUGAAAUUUUGAAGCCUUAGAAUUCAGGAAGACAUUUCAGUGUUCCAAAGUUGCCUGGGUAUUUCCAUUCACCUAUCAGCCCAAUGAAAUGUAGGCCAUGCCAUUGGCUUAAAAGCUUUAUAGUUUGGUUGUGAGAAAGAUUUUCUUUUCUUUUAUCUCCUGGUGCUUUUUCUCAGGGGAAGUCGUGGUAAAGUGGUUUGAGGCAGUCCAGACUGGCCUGCCCAUGUGCAUUCUGGGAGCAGCAUUUGGCCCACUCCGCCUUAACGCCCGGUAUGUUGAGAAGCCUUUAAAUGCAACUGACAUGCAAACAUUUUGCCCAUUGUUAGUUUGCUAAACAGACACAGUGGUACCUUGGUUUACAACCAUAAUCCGUUCUGGAGGUCCGUUUGUAAAUCAGAACAGGUUGUAACCCAAGGCUUGCUUCCGCCAAUGGGGCCUCCAAAAAAAAAUUGUUUGUAAUCCCCCCAAAAAUGGGUUGUAAUAAUAAUAAAAAAGGUUGCAAACCAAGACAAGCACUUCCGGGUUUGACGUGUUUGUCAUCCAAAAUGUAUGCAAACCAAGGUACCACUGUAGUGUGGCUGUCAGGCCAGAAAGCCUUGGACCGUCCUUCAAACAUUCGCCUCAGAUCAAUCAACUCCUUUAUGUUUGGAGAUUCAAAAAAGGGCAGUGAAAAUUACAGGGGGACUUCCUAGUUUGGGAAAAAGUCAACUAAAGAAGGAACCUGAGUUUACUUUGAACUGACACAGGACGUUCUACCUAAGCAGUUUUCAAUGUAAGAAGAGCCCUGCUGGGCCCAUCUUAUCCGGCAUCCCAUAUCCCACAGUGGCCAACCAGGAGCUCUAAUGGGAAGCCCCCUAGGGACGUGACACAUUGUUCUCUCCCACUGUUGUUCCCCAACAGGAGGUCUUCAGAGGCAUCGUUCCUCAGGUCCUCAGUUCACCUGUCAAAGCAAGCCAAGGAGGUCCUCUUGCAGAUGCCCCCUUAUCAGGAGGUCUGCUCUGUACAAUAUAGUACAGUGGACGCUCAGGUUGCGAACGUGAUCCGUGCGGAAUGCACAUUUGCAACCCGUGUCUGCGCACACACGGGUUGUGAUUCGGCACUUCUGCGCGUGCGCAAAGCACGAUUUAGCUCUUCUGCACAUGCGCGACUGCCAAAACCCGGAAGUAACCCAUUCCGGUACUUCUGGGUUUUCGCAGUCCGCAACCCAAAAAAACCACAACCUGAAGUGGCUGUAACCUGAGGUAUGACUGUAAUCAGGUCUUUAGCAUGGCAGCACCUAACCUUCAGAGUACCCUCCCCACCUGUCUAUUAGGCAGGUGUCAUCUGGUGCCUAUCACGGACCUUACUUUUUCAACAGAGCCUUUCUGUGGGGAGACCUUUGCCCCAGGCUGUUUCUGAAUUGAAUCUCUCUCCCCACCACCACAUGGAAUUGUUUGUAGUUGGCUUUUUAUGUUGGGUACCAUAGAUUCCAAUGUAUAAGAUGACUUUUUAACCCCGGAAAAUCCUCUAAAAAGUCGGAGGUCGUCUUAUACGCCGGGUAUAAUAAUAUGCCGGUAUGGGUUCGCUGGACAGCAGCAGUGGGCGGCAGGUUCCGUUCCACACCGGGAGGAAGCCACCCAGCGAAGCUGGCUUAGCAUCGCUGGGCAGCUUCCUCCCGGCGCGGAGCCCACCGCCCACUGUCGCCGCCCAGCGAAGCUGCCGUGUAUAAGACAGGGCGUAUAAGACGACCCCCCAAAUUGGCAGCUGCCCAUUGGGGGGGUUGUCUUAUACGCCCAGUCACCUAAUACGCCGGAAUUUACAGUAAUUUCUUUUCUGCUUCAAGAUACUUUGUGGGAAAGUGACUCGGGAGUGGAAUCAAAACAAACGAAUAACUUUUGGAUUUCCGUCUCCAUCCAUUCAGGAAGCUGCGUGUUCUGACCACGGAGCUCAUCCCAUGGGCUGUUCGGAGUGGAAGCAGCGUCAACUGCAUCCUGAAUUUCUAUUACGAGGAGCGCUGGGAGCAAACCAUGGACUCCCUCCGCCACGAAAUCGGUAUCCUGCCACCUCCGGCAAUUCCGGUGUAAAUUUCUGCUGGGGAAAAGGUCACUGGCAGGCAUUGAAGAAGCAGUAGAUGAAGUAGAUUUAGGGUCUCAGAAGUUAAACCACAGCUUGCCUUGGAUCAGCUGAGCAGCCACGGUUUGGCCAACCAAAAAGUUUAUUAAUUCAGUUGGCAGCAUGUUCUGCAUUUUUCCUGCCACUCCAACAAGACAAUUUAAAAUGGUAAGACAGUGUUUUAAAACACAAAGCCUCCUCAGUCAUUUAAACAGCAGUGAAAACACUGGGAGGAAGGAAAUUUGAAACCCUGAAAACUCCGGCGGAGAAGAGGCCUGAAACGCUAAAUGGUGGUUGUACAUAAAUGCACAGCAGCCCAGCAAGGCGGAUUCUUGGCAUAUUCCCGUUUGAUAGACCAGGGCUGGGAUAUUUGCUGCCUGCAGUCCUGAUUAGGCCCAUCUUCCUGACACCUGGGGUCAGAUGGUGCAGUAAGCGUGGGAAAUACUAAGAGCCUGUUUCAGCUCAUCUGUAGUGCCUGCAAAGCCCCUUUCCCAGUGCAGUGCAGGAUAGUGCUUUGAGAGGCGCUUCUAAAGACUGGUUGUUUUAUCAUCUGCAGGGUCUUCAGAAGCCCCAUUCAAAGCACUGAGUAAAAUAGUGUUCUGAAAGGGGCUUCAAAAGGCCCCUGCGUGCCAAAAGGUCACAGUUGACCAGUGGACUAGGCACGUCCCCCAACUCCUGUCGCAGGCAGAACUGAGGCCGGGUGUGUUUAAAGCAGCAGUGGAGAACCUUUUUGCAGGCCAAAGAUCAACCUGUUCCAGUGGUAGGCGACGCCAGAGGCAAGUGGGCGGAUCGAUGGAUGUGACCGCUGCAAGAUACUCUGCAUUCCAGCCACACUGAAGUCAUAGGUCCCCUCACAUGUCUCCACCCAGGCAAGCAAAAGACAUUAGUUAACACAGUUCCAGGACACAUUUUAGUCAGGUAAAAACCUGAAAGGUCGUUUCAGGGCAGGGCUGGUGAGGUGCAGCCUAGGGAGCGGGGGUGGGGGCCAUGGUAUCACAUUCGGCUCCUUUGUCUAAGAUUCUCCACCCCUUGAGCUAAGGCUACAGGGUGAAUUCUGGAUGAAGAGGGGUUUAAAUGGGUUGCAUAAGGAUCCAAGUAUUUACUCCCAUUGGACCUCUAGCUCUACAUCAGCAGGGCUUGUUGCUGUGGUUAAUACAGCUGGAACUACAGAUAUUUGCAAAUCAUCCAACCAUCUAUUGUUUGCCUACUCCUGGGCUACCAGGGUGGUUGAUCUCUCUCUACAAACCUCCUUUGGGUGAAAGGAAUGAAGAAUGCUGCCCAUGACUUUGUCUCCACCAAGGACAGAGGCACAAGGCCAAGUCCAGUUCUUAGCAGCACAGUUUAAGAAGGAUCUUGACAAGCUGGAACACAUGCAGAGGAAGGUGACCAAGAUGGUCAAGGGUCUGGAAACCAAGCCAUAUAUCGCAGGGGUGCCCAAACUUUUUUCAAAGAGGGCCAGUGAGGGCCGACCAAAGCUGCUGAGCUUUUUUUAGAAUUGAAGCUGUUGAGCUUUUUUUAUGAUUUUACCCCAAAGUUAUUGAGCUUUUUAAAGGAUUGAACUUCUUGAGCUUUUUUGGGGGGAUUUAACCCCAAUAAAUAAACUGCCACAGGGGCCAAAUAAAACCAGCCAAGGGGCUGAAUUAGGCCCCCAUAUUGGACUUUGGGCAUGCUCGCCAUAUGAGGAACGGUUGAAGGAGUUGAGUACAUUUAGCCUGGAAAAGAGGAGACUGAGAGGAGAUGUGAUAACCAUCUUCAAAUAUCUCAAGGGCUGCUACAUGGAAGAUGGAGCAAGCUUGUUUUCUCCUGCUGUGGAGGCUAGAACCCAAGCCGCUGGAUUCAAGUUACAAGAAAGAAGAUUCCAACUUAACAUUAGAAAGAACUUUAUGAUGGCAAGAGCUGUUUGACAGUGGAACGGUCUCCCUCAGGAGGUGGUGGACUCUCCUUCCUUGGAGGUUUUUGAGCAGAGUUGGCCAUCUGUCCUGGAUGCUUCAGUUGAGUUUCCUGCAUUGCAGGGGGUUGGACUAGAUUACCCUCAGAGUCACCUUCCAACUCUACAGUUGGGACUGAGAUAACUGCCCAUCACAGCUGGAAAGAGACUCAAAAUCUGUAAGUUCCUUAAUAAAUCGCCAGUGCACACAAUAUGCU